GAGGGAGGAGGGUCGGGGAAGAGUCGAUGGGGAGGUCGAGGCUUCCCCUACGUAGUAACAGCCCUUCCAGGCUGCGCUCGGCGCGACUGACAAAAGGCAGCCUGUGAUCCCCCUGCCACGCACCCCCAGAGGGGAAGCCCCAGCCCCCCCACCCCCCGUAUACGGACGGUGGGUGAUUGAUGAGCACUCCUUGAGUCCUCACCGGUAAAUGGUGGACCCUCACCCCCACGCCACCUCAACACAAACAACAGGGUGACUCUCACACGGGGCAUGCUGUUGUCUCCUGAUCCAGCUGGCCUUGCCAGGUGAUCAUGCCUGCCCUCGGCCCAGCUCUUCUCCAGGCACUCUGGGCCGGGUGGGUCCUCACCCUCCAGCCCCCACCACCGACUGCUUUCACUCCCAAUGGUACACAUCUGCAGCACCUGGCGCGGGAUCCCACCUCAGGCACCCUCUACCUAGGGGCCACCAACUUCCUGUUCCAGCUGAGCCCUCAACUGCAGCUGGAGGCCACUGUGUCCACUGGCCCUGUGCUAGACAGCAGGGACUGUCUGCCACCUGUGACGCCUGAUGAGUGCCCUCAGGCCCAGCCCACCAACAACCCGAACCAGCUGCUCCUGGUGAGCCCCGGGGCCCUGGUGGUGUGUGGCAGUGUGCACCAGGGGGUCUGUGAGCAGCGGCGCCUGGGGCAGCUCGGGCAGCUGUUGCUGCGGCCAGAGCGACCUGGGGACACCCAGUAUGUGGCCGCCAACGACCCUGCCGUCACCACGGUGGGACUGGUGGCCCAGGGCUUGGCUGGGGAGCCCCUCCUCUUUGUGGGGCGGGGCUACACCAGCAGGGGCGUGGGGGGUGGCAUCCCUCCCAUCACUACCCGCGCCUUAAGGCCGCUGGACCCCCAGGCCGCCUUCUCUUACGAGGAGACGGCCAAGCUAGCUGUGGGCCGCCUCUCCGAGUACAGCCACCACUUUGUGAGCGCCUUUGCACGCGGGGCCAGUGCCUACUUCCUCUUUCUCCGGCGGGACCUGCAGGCUCAGUCUCGAGCUUUCCGUGCCUAUGUGUCCCGUGUGUGCCUCCGGGACCAGCACUACUACUCCUACGUGGAGUUGCCUCUGGCCUGUCAGGGGGGCCGCUACGGGCUGAUCCAGGCUGCGGCUGUGGCCAUGUCCGCGGAGGUGGCCCGGGGGGAGGUGCUGUUUGCAGCCUUCUCCUCGGCCGCUCCCCCCACUGUGGGCCGGCCCCCGUCGGCAGCUGCCGGGGCAUCUGGAGCCUCUGCCCUCUGUGCCUUCCCCCUGGAUGAGGUGGAUCGCCUUGCUAAUCGCACACGCGAUGCCUGCUACACUCGGGAGGGCCGCGCUGAGGAUGGGGCCGAGGUGGCCUACAUUGAGUAUGAUGUCAAUUCCGACUGUGCUCAGCUGCCCGUGGACACCCUGGAUGCUUACCCUUGUGGCUCAGACCACACGCCCAGCCCCAUGGCCAGCCGUGUCCCUCUGGAAGCCACGCCAGUUCUGGAGUGGCCAGGGGUUCAGCUAACAGCCGUGGCGAUCACUGUGGAAGAUGGACACACCAUUGCUUUCCUGGGUGACAGUCAAGGGCAGCUGCAUAAGGUCUACUUGGGCCCAGGGAGUGAUGGCCACCCGUACUCCACACGGAUCAUGCAGCAGGGGUCUGCGGUGAGCAGAGACCUCAUCUUUGAUGGGGCCUUCGAGCACCUGUAUGUCAUGACCCAGAGCACGCUUCUCAAGGUUCCUGUGGCCUCCUGUGCUCAGCACCUGGACUGUGCAUCUUGCCUGGCUCACAGGGACCCAUACUGUGGGUGGUGUGUGCUCCUCGGCAGGUGCAGUCGCCGUUCCGAGUGCUCUCGGGGCCGGGGCUUAGAGCGGUGGCUGUGGAGCUUCCAGCCUGAGGUGGGCUGUCUGCGAGUGGCAGCCUUGAGUCCUGCUAACAUCAGCCGUGAGGAGAGGAGGGAGGUUUUCUUGUCGGUACCUGAUCUGCCACCCCUGUGGCCAGGGGAGUCUUAUUCCUGCCACUUCGGGGAAUACCAGAGCCCUGCCCUGCUGACCAGUUCUGGUGUGAUGUGCCCCUCCCCAGACCCUAGUGAGGCUCCAGAGCUGCCGAGAGAAGCCGACCACGUCUCCGUGAGCCUGGAGCUCAGGUUUGGCGCCGUCGUGAUUGCCGAGGCUUCCCUCUCCUUCUAUGACUGCAUGGCCGUCACCUUGCUCCGCCCGUCUGCACAGUGCCAGGCCUGCGUGAGAAGCCUCUGGGGGUGUAACUGGUGCGUCUGGCAGCACCUGUGCACACACAAGGCCUCGUGUGAUGCUGGGCCCAUGGUGGUCAGCCGACAGAGCCCGCCCCUCUCCCCAGCCCCUCCUGCAAGAGACGCACCCACCUCCUUCCCACCCACAGCCCCCAGGGCCACGGUCACCCCGGCUCCUUACGCCCUUCCCGUGGACACUCCUUCCACAGCCACAGCCUUGGAUGUCCCCUCCGGGGCCAGGCCUUCCCUGCUCAGCCCCCGGGAGCCGUGGGCAGGUCCCGGCCCCACACCUGCCUCAGCUUCCACGGGCUCACCUCUCCAUGAGGCCCCUCCUCCUCCCAGCCCCCGCCAGAGGCCUGGAACCGCUGUCCCUGCCCCCACGGCCUUCGGACCCAUAGCCACCGCCGAGGACCUCUUGGCCUCACACCCAUUGCCCUCAGACGCAGCAGCACUGCCCCCCGCCCUUGCAGAGCCUGGCCCCGAGGCUCUCCCCUCUGCGGUACCCCUGGACCAGCCCCCCGGCACGGCUCCCGCCACCACUUUCCCAGGGGCCGCUGGCUCCACGAAGCCCGCUCUGGACUGGCUCAUGAGAGAAGGCGGCGAGCUGCCCGAGGCGGACGAGUGGACGGGGGGUGACACACCCGCCUUCUCCACUUCCACCCUCCUCUCAGGUGAUGGAGACUCUGCUGAGCACGAGGGCCCUCCCGCCCCCCUCAUCCUCCUGUCCAGCCUUGACUACCAGUACGACACCCCUGGGCUCUGGGAGCUGGAGGAGACGACCUUGGGGCCAGGCUCCUGCCCUUGUGUGGAGAGCGUGCAGGGCUCCAGCCUGAUGCCGGUCCACGUGCAGCGAGAAGUGCGACUGCUGGGCAGGAACCUGCACCUCUUCCAGGACAGCCCAGGAGACCAUGAGUGUGUGAUGGAGCUGGAGGGCCACGAGGUGGUGGUUGAGGCCCGGGUCGAAUGCGAGCUGCCUCCAGAUACCCGGUGCCACGUCACCUGCCAGCAGCACCAGCUCAGCUAUGAGGCUCUGCAGCCAGAGCUCCGCGUGGGGCUGUUUCUGCGUCGGGCUGGCCAUCUGCGUGUGGACAGUGUGGAUGGGCUGCACGUGGUGCUUUAUGACUGUUCCGUGGGACACGAGGACUGCAGCCGCUGCCAAACUGCCAUGCCCCAGUACGGCUGUGUGUGGUGCAAGGGGGAGCAUCCACGCUGCGUGGCCCGGGAGGCCUGUGGCGAGGCUGAGGCUGUGGUCACCCAGUGCCCGGCACCCCUCAUCCACUCGGUGGAGCCACUGACUGGGCCUGUAGACGGAGGCACCCGUGUCACCAUCAGGGGCUCCAACCUGGGCCAACAUGUGCAGGACGUGCAGGACACGGUCGGGGUGGCUGGAGUGCCCUGUGCUGUGGAUGCUCAGGAGUACGAGGUGUCCAGCAGCCUUGUGUGUAUCACUGGGGCCAGCGGGGAGGAGGUGGCAGGCGCUGUGACGGUGGAGGUGCCAGGAAGAGGACACGGCGUCUCAGAGCAUGACUUUGCCUACCAGGACCCAAAGGUGCAUUCCGUCUUCCCGGCCCGAGGCCCCAGAGCCGGGGGCACCAGCCUCACCCUGCACGGCUCCAAGCUUCUGACCGGGCGGCUGGAGGACAUCCGAGUGGUAGUUGGAGACCAGCCUUGUCACCUGCUGCUGGAGCAGCAGGCGGAGCAGCUGCGGUGUGAGACCAGCCCACACCCCACGCCUGCCACGCUCCCCGUGGCUGUGUGGUUUGGGGCUGCUGAGCGGAGGCUUCAUCACAGCCAGUUUGAGUACACAUCAGACCCCAACGUCACCUCUGCUGGCCCCGCCAAGAGCUUCCUCAGUGGAGGACGUGAGAUAUGGGUCCGUGGCCAGAAUUUGGACGUGGUACAGACACCAAGAAUCCGAGUGACUGUGGCCAUGAGAGCGCCAGGGCCAGGCCAGGGGCUUGGGCGGAGGCACCGCGUGAUCCCAGAGACGGCGUGCUCCCCUGGAGCCUCCUGUGGCGGCCUUCACUUUGAGGAGCCUUGCCACGUGAACUCCUCCCAGCUCAUCACGUGCCGCACGCCGGCCCUCCCAGGCCUGCCUGAGGACCCCUGGGUCCGUGUGGAAUUCAUCCUUGACAACCUGGUCUUUGACUUUGCAACACUGAACCCCACACCCUUCUCCUAUGAGGCCGACCCCACUUUGCAGCCCCUCAACCCCGAGGACCCCACCACACCAUUCCGGCACAAGCCUGGGAGUGUGCUCUCUGUGGAGGGGGAGAAUCUGGACCUUGCAAUGUCCAAGGAGGAGGUGGUGGCCAUGAUAGGGGACGGCCCCUGCAUGGUGAAGACGCUGACCCGGCACCACCUGUACUGUGAGCCCCCCGUGGAGCAGCCCCUACCCUGGCAUCAUGCCCUCCGGGAGGUGCCUGACGCUUUGCCUGAGUUCACGGUGCAGAUGGGGAACCUACGCUUCUCCCUGGGCCACGUGCAGUACGAUGGCGAGAGCCCUGUGGCUUUUCCCAUGGCAGCCCAGGUGGGCUUGGGGGUGGGCACCUCUCUUCUGGCUCUGGGUGUCAUCAUCAUUGUCCUCAUGUACAGGAGGAAGAGCAAGCAGGCUCUGAGGGACUAUAAGAAGGUGCAGAUCCAGCUGGAGAAUCUGGAGAGCAGCGUGCGGGACCGCUGCAAGAAGGAGUUCACAGACCUUAUGACCGAGAUGACCGAUCUUACCAGUGACCUUCUGGGCAGCGGCAUCCCCUUCCUCGACUACAAGGUGUAUGCCGAGAGGGUCUUCUUCCCUGGGCACCAGGAGUCGCCCUUGCACCGGGACCUGGGCGUGCCUGAGAGCAGGCGACCCACUGUGGAACAAGGGCUGGGGCAGCUCUCCAACCUGCUUAACAGCAAGCUCUUCCUCAUCAAGUUCAUCCACACCCUGGAGAGCCAGCGCACCUUCUCAGCUCGGGACCGCGCCUAUGUGGCAUCUCUGCUCACCGUGGCACUGCAUGGGAAGCUUGAGUACUUCACUGACAUCCUGCGCACCCUGCUCAGUGACCUGGUGGCCCAGUAUGUGGCCAAGAACCCCAAACUGAUGCUGCGCAGGACAGAGACCGUGGUGGAGAAGCUGCUCACCAACUGGAUGUCCAUCUGCCUGUACACUUUCGUGAGGGACUCGGUAGGGGAGCCUCUGUACAUGCUUUUCCGUGGAAUUAAGCAUCAAGUGGACAAGGGGCCGGUAGACAGCGUGACUGGCAAAGCCAAAUACACCCUGAAUGACAACCGCCUGCUCCGAGAGGACGUGGAGUACCGUCCCCUGGUGAGGGGGGGCAGAGAGAGGGAGAGAGGGGGAGAGAGAGAGAACCUGCUGACCUUGAAUGCACUACUGGCCGUGGGGCCUGGAGCGGGAGAAGCCCAGGGCGUGCCCGUGAAGGUCCUGGACUGUGACACCAUCUCCCAGGCCAAGGAAAAGAUGUUGGACCAGCUUUAUAAAGGAGUGCCUCUUGCCCAGCGGCCAGACCCCCGCACCCUGGACGUCGAAUGGCGGUCUGGGGUGGCCGGGCAUCUCAUUCUUUCCGACGAGGACGUGACUUCUGAGGUCCAGGGUCUGUGGAGGCGUCUGAACACCCUGCAGCAUUACAAGGUCCCAGACGGAGCAACUGUGGCCCUCGUCCCCUGCCUCACCAAGCAUGUCCUCCGGGAAAGCCAGGAUUACGUCCCUGGAGAGAGUCUUGGUACAGGGACCCCAAUGCUGGAGGAUGUGGACGAGGGGGGCAUCCGGCCCUGGCACCUGGUGAAGCCAAGCGAGGAGCCGGAGCCGCCCAGGCCUCGGAGGGGCAGCCUCCGGGGCGGGGAGCGGGAGCGAGCCAAGGCCAUCCCUGAGAUCUACCUGACCCGCCUGCUGUCCAUGAAGGGCACCCUGCAGAAGUUUGUGGAUGACCUGUUCCAGGUGAUUCUCAGCACCAGCCGUCCCGUGCCGCUCGCUGUGAAGUACUUCUUUGACCUGCUGGACGAGCAGGCCCAGCAGCAUGGCAUCUCGGACCAGGACACUGUCCAUAUAUGGAAGACCAACAGCUUGCCGCUGAGGUUCUGGAUCAAUAUAAUAAAAAACCCACAGUUUGUGUUCGACGUGCAGACAUCUGACAACAUGGAUGCGGUGUUCCUGGUCAUUGCACAGACCUUCAUGGAUGCCUGCACCCUGGCUGACCACAAGCUGGGCCGGGACUCUCCCAUCAACAAACUUCUGUAUGCUCGGGAUAUUCCCCGGUACAAACGGAUGGUGGAAAGGUACUACGCAGACAUCAGACAGACCAUCCCUGCCAGUGAUCAAGAGAUGAACUCCAUCCUGGCCGAGCUGUCCCGGAACUACUCUGGAGACCUGGGGGUGCGAGUGGCCCUGCACGAACUCUACAAGUAUAUCAACAAAUACUAUGACCAGAUCAUCACUGCCCUGGAGGAAGAUGGCACGGCCCAGAAGAUGCAGCUGGGCUAUCGGCUCCAGCAGAUCGCAGCGGCUGUAGAAAACAAGGUCACAGAUCUGUAGGGACUUGGAGAGCCCUGGCCUGCUGUGCCUCAGCCCCGCCUGGGCAGCCCUGGAACCACGAGGGAGAGACCACCUUCUUAGAUGCCUGUAGUGCCUGCCCAGCGGAGUUAGUGGAAGGUGGCUCCAAGUCUCCUGGUGGCUCUGGCCUGGGCCCUCCUGGACUCAUCUCGCAGGCCUGGAGCCUUGAGGCUGAUGGAGUGGUGACCCUGAGGCCAGUGACCCUGCGGGCUACUUUCUGUGUGAUGUUAGUCUGAGGGAAACUGGGGACUAAGGGCUUCCAGAGAGUGGCUGGAAGGGCCUCCAGCCCCUGGGGAGACUGUACUGCUCCUGAACACUGGCUUUUAUCCCAGGGGAUUCAGAGGGGAAGGAGGAGAGCCCCCACUUCCUGUCCCGCCCUCCUCCUCCACCAUCCCUGACCUCGUUAGCUGCCUCUGGCCAUGUUGCUGCUGCCACGUUCCUAGGUCGGAGAGAUGAAUGCCUUUCCUAGGCCGCUGCAAACUGACCUCUCAGCAGGGCUGGCUGCUUCAGGGCCACCCUGUCACUGAGGCAGCCAGGAGUGAGGGGUGUCUGUUGCAGGGGGGCCUCGGGGAGAAUGGUGGCCCUACUGACCCGGCUCUUCAUUAAAGGAUAACACACUG